AUGGCGAGCAAGGUCGACCGCAUCGUGGCUCGGCUGCAGCAAAAGAUUGCCGACGGUGACUACUACGAGGCCCAGCAACAGACCCGCGUCGCCGCCUCGCGCCACAUCAAGACGCAAAACUGGCCCGCCGCCAUUGACAUUCUCUCGAGCGUGGCCCAGUCGCUGCUCAAGGCCGGCCAGGGCGGCAGCGGCGGCGACUUGUGCGUCAUGCUGGUCGACGUCUACAAGCAGGCCGCGCUCAAGCCCGACGCGACGAACAAGGGCCGUUUGCUGACGGCGCUGCGCCUCUUUGACGGCGAGGAGCCCACGCGCAAGAAGUUCAUUACAGAAAUAGUGGCAUGGUCCUCCAAGUUUGGCGAGUACCCCGCCGGUGACCCUGAGCUGCACCACGUCGCCGGAUCCCUCUACGCCGCCGAGCACGAAACAUACGAAGCCGAAAAACACCUCAUUCUCGGAACGCGCGACUCGGCCGAGGUACUCUUCAAGAUGGAGUACGCCUGGUACAAGGAAUCCGACGCCCACACGGCGCCCAUGUACGCCGCGCGCGCCGUCCUGCCGUACCUGCUCAUCGGCAACGUGCGCGCGGCCAACACCUGCUACCAGCUAUUCACCAGCGCGCUGCGCGCCGACAACCCGGCGCUGGGCGUAGAGGACGUGUCGGCUUCGGGCGCCGAUGUGCGCGUGUUUCCGAGCCUGCCCCUGCUCAACUUUCUAGGCCUGCUGCUGCUGGCGGUGCAGCGCGGCGCGCCCGAGGUGUAUCGGGGCCUGGUGUCCAAGUACGCGGCGCAUAUUGACGAGGUCGGCGGGUGGGGCGAGGCGCUGGAGAUGAUUGCGGAAAUGUACUUUGGGAUCCAGAAGCCGCGGCAGAGCAACCCGCUCAUGGACAUGAUGAGCGGCCUGUUUGGAGGCGGUGGUGCGGGCGGCGCGGGGGGCGGCCAGCAGCAACAGCAGCAGAGGAGGAGACCGGGUCUAGCUGCGCCUACGGCCGAGGCGCUGGACUAG